GCUCUGUCCCUCUCAGGCGACUUGGAAGAAGAGAAGGCGAAGAACAAAAGAAAGUCUAAGCUCUCUGAUUUUCUGAGUUCAUCUCCACUACGUAAAUCCAAACCGACCUGAAUUUUUUUUCAUCGAAUAAUUUCAAACCCAGAGUCCUCGUUGGGAUGAAAGGAAAAAUUCUCAAGAAGCUCAAAACCAUCCGACCCGUUGAUUAUCUGAAGCAGGAUCGAGUUAUCCAGAUCAAGGCACUCAAUGGAUAUGUCGAAUCUUUCACCAACAGCUCAAGUUUCAACCUUAAGAACCUGUUUGUUUCCCAAGAAAAUGAGCCCAGGAAAGUUGAGGUACGAGAAGCCGAGGUGAUUGAUUUGUCGGACCGCAUGAGAGAUCUUGAAAACGAAUACAUUGACGACAAGGAGAACAUUGGGCCUCCAUGUCUGAGAUCAAAAGAACAAGAUACGUCAAGAUCGUCAAAACCAGCCCCAUUAUCGGAGAUUGACAUCUCGUCUUUCCGGCGACCCGACAUGAACUCGGAUAGCCUAUUCGACCCGCUUUUGCUGGCAGCAUUCGAGCAAGCAGUGCAGGAACAUGUUGAAAUGAGAAAGUCAGCAGAGAAAAUUGAAGAUGUUGAAGAACUAUUUAAAGAAGAAGAAGGAGAAGAAGAAGAAGAAGGAGAAGAACUGCCAUGGAAGCUUCUGGAGGUAUUUGAAGAAAAGUAUCCACCUGGGGGUAAUGACUCUGUAAUUCUCUACACAACAACAUUACGAGGAAUCAGAAAGACAUUUGAGGACUGCAACAAAAUUCGUUUUCUGUUAGACAGCUUUAAGGUUGUUUACAUCGAAAGAGACACAUCAAUGCACAUGAAGUUUAAGGAAGAGCUAUGGCAGAUCCUAGAUGGGAAGACUCUGCCUCCAAGGCUGUUUGUGAAAGGAAGAUACAUAGGAGGAGCAGAAGAAGUUCUAAAUUUGCAUGAACAAGGCAGGCUUAAACCACUAUUUGCAGAAAUCCCAGUGAGAAAUUCUAACACUUCAUGUGAAGGAUGUGAUGGGGCUCGAUUCAUGAUAUGCUCUAGUUGUAAUGGGAGCCACAAGAUCAUCAUUGAAGAAGAAGAUGAAGAGAAACAGAGCAAUCAAUGUGUGGAUUGUAAUGAGAAUGGUUUGAUUAUCUGUCCCUAUUGCUCCUGCUAGCCGAUGAACAUGUUUAUUGUUAUUCUUGUAUGUAAUUUUUCAUUUCUGAGAAGCUUGGUGAUUAGUAAGAAGAUUCUUUCAAUUAUUCUUUGGCUGGGCGAUGAACUGAUGAUAGAUGGCUGAAGAAGAACAGGCAAGUGGAAUGUCUGAUUCAUUAUUGAGAACCUUAUAUGAUAUUGAUUUGUUAUAUGUAAAAUUAAGAGAUGGCAAUAAAUUAAAGUGUGAU